UAUGUCUAACGCUUGAAGCUUACGGUCACUGCUGCUUACACUUGAACGGCGCCCCCACUUGCGGCGACCCUGGCGUACGCGCGUACCUAGGCAGCCCGUUGCAGGGUACAUACUAGACAUAAUACUUCGGCCACAUAUACAUUAACCAUAUCACGUUUUCCAACCUAGCAUUUUUACCUCUUCUGGCACAUGGCUGAAACAAUGUCCUUUAGCGACUUGGACGGUCAGCUGAGGCUUGUGGUCCUAGCUGACUACCGACCAAAAGCGUCUUGGAGUGACCGACAUCAUGAGGAGGAAACGACAACUUAUGGCCCUAGUACGUUGAAGUCACGGGCGGAUGAUAUCAGGGCCAUCAAUAGGCCUGCUGGGAGCCCGUUGCAUGCCAAUGCGACUCCCAGUUACCAACCCGGAAGUUCUGGGCGCAGUUUUAGCACACACGCGUCCUCAGCAGGUGCCGCCAUUCCGUCCAACCACAACAUAUUGAGAAGCUUGGGCUUCGAGCUGAUGGGGACAGAAGUUCCACAGCCUCAUCCAUCAACAGGACGCUCCACCCGCAGCCCGCAAACGCAGUGGGAGGGAGCUGCGGCCUCCCCAGCUGCAGCCGCAACCCUCCGCUACCGGGAUGCUUCCCCCACACCGGGAGCUACGGCCGCUCCCGGCACACGAACCAGGGUACUGGGCUUGGAUCUCGGAUUUGAACCUGCCUUCAGCAGCCGUCCUUCGGCUCACCACCAUCCUCGACAUUAUGGACAUCUAACGACCGCGGGAGCCCCAGCUGAGUCUUCCUCAGCUGGCCUAACCUCAAGUCUGGUUGCGCGGAUGGAGCUGCUACGGGCGCAACUGAUGCGGGUUUCCAGCACGCUCGCCGGUGUCCAGGAGCGGGCAACCAUGCUGUCGAGCUCACUGGACCGCAGCCGCGCCGCCGUCCGCAACAGCAGCGGCUUCCCGGCGCCGCCAUUCGUCCCUACCACCUCGACCAUCCCUGCUGCAACCCACACCCUUACCUCGGGAGCCACGAGGGCUGUAGCGGGGGCCGCGGCCGCAACCGCCGC